AUGCUAUCGCGAACACUGGCUAAUACUGCUCGACGAGCAGUCGCAUCUACGACACCUCGCAUCGCCACCCGUCAGACUCUCAGCCCGUUCGCUAAUGUUUCGCGCCGAUCAUAUCACGAGAAGGUCCUCGACCACUACAGCCGACCGCGUAAUGUUGGCUCUAUGCUUAAGACCGAUGUCGACGUUGGUACCGGUCUAGUUGGCGCACCGGCUUGUGGCGAUGUCAUGAAAUUGCAAAUUCGAGUUGACCCCAAGGACAACACCAUCGCCGACGUCAAAUUCAAGACUUUUGGCUGCGGUAGCGCUAUCGCCAGUUCAAGCUACCUGACCGAACUCGUUCGAGGCAUGACUUUGGAAGAGGCAGGACGGAUCAAGAACACAGAGAUUGCUAAGGAACUCUGCUUGCCACCCGUCAAAUUGCACUGCUCCAUGUUGGCCGAGGAUGCUAUCAAGUCUGCUAUCACCAACUACUACAGCAAGAACCCUCACGCCAAGCCCACGAGUCUUGCCGGCACCGCAGCUAAGCUACCCAGUGUUGGCGAGGUUGCCGCCGCAACUGCUUAA